AUGUGCCAGCCAUGUGCUAAGAAAUGGACUGACGGCAAAGGGACGUGUCCUCCCGGUAACUGCCUUCAAAAAGGCGGCUCGAAAUCGAAGAAAGGCAAGCGGAACACUCCUACGCCUUGUUCCGGACUACCGGAUUGCGAAGGGGAAGUUCUUCGUAAUUUUCCCUCUGAAAUGGAGUGCGAACAUGAAGUGUGUAUAAAUUGUUUGUCAAAAACGUUGGAUGAAUGCGAACAUAAUACACCACCGCUUUGUCCUAACGAAGCAUGUCGUCUACCGUAUCGUUGCGAAUCGGUGCUUGCACUGAAAGCCAUGUUUCCGGAACGUGCUGCUUACUUUGGUCGUUUUGAUCUUGAGUCACACUAUUCGAUGGAGGGAUUAAAAGAUGACACGAUUACAGUACUCCUAUCCUACAACGUUAACGAUAUGAACUUUCAUAUGUCUGUGUGCUUCUGCGAAGACGAAGAGAAUCAGAUGCCUGUUGAGUUUGUCAAGGGCGGUCCACUCGGUGAUCUAAUUCGUGAAAUUCGACGUGUGCUGAAGAUUAUGAACACUGAUAAAGUGUAUGGAUACUUUCGACGAGAUUCCGAUGAAGAAAAACAGUUGGAAAUUAACCCAAAACUUAUACAAACUCCCGUGGACAAAAUAGGCAUCACUAAGGUGAAGUGA